AUGGCGAAAGCUUCCCAUACAUUGCAAAAAGGUGCUGUCGUCCAGCACAUCGCCAAAACCCAUGACCUGAAAGGUCAACUGCCUGAAGGGAGCAUGGAAUCUUUGACAACAACCGUUCGUUUCGUCACGCUGAACUGCCGAACACUAUCGAGUGAACUCCAACAAGCCGCUCUAUCCAGACUUCUGCGAUAUCUCUGUGUGCCUUUUUCUGCACUGCAGGAAACACGCAUGAGGGAUCGGCCCGUCAUCAGCAUCGAAAAUUACACCAUAUACUGCUGCGAUGCUGAUGAGAACAAAGUAGGUGGCUGCGCGAUAGCUGUGAGGAACGAUUACAAGAACCUGGUGGAGGAAUUUGGCUCAACGUCGUCUAGAUGCGCCUUUCUACGACUGCGGGAUCGCAGAGGACGUAAACUCUGA